CUGCUUUAAGAGCUCCCACAAUGCCGUGCUCGUGUCCCAGUUCCGUUACACGGUACUCCUGGAGCAGAAGUGUGUAUAUGUAUGAGUGAGCGAGGCGGGCAGGCAGAAAAGGAGAGCAGCAGCGGUAGUUACUGUAAUCAGAGAGCUGAAGCGCAGCAGGAUAGUCGAGGAAAGCUGGAAAGACGCAGAGAGUGGAAGAAGGGGGAGGAGCUGCCUGUCCGCGCCCCGCCACAAACCAGAGAGAGUGUCAAGGUGGAGAGGGGGAGCCCGCCCGUCAGCCCGCCCCAAACUCUCGUGCCCUCGGCCAAACCCGCCCCUCAGUUCUGCAGCCAAUUCGGCGUCUCCGCAACGAGAGCCCGAGGACAGAAAAGGGAGACACGAACUUCUAUGUAGCGCGGCGAAAUAGAUGGGGGCUCCCUCAGCGUCGUCUCUCCACGUUCCCCAUCAGCCUCUCUCGUUUGGCAAAGGGGGGGAGCAGAGCUGCGCUGUGCUUGGAGCUGCUGUCCAGAGUGGGGAAGGAAGUCUAGUGCCGGGCUUCGUUUUUUCCGACCGAGCGCAGAGGAGGCAACUGCAGUAUCCCAGAAGUAGCAACAGCCGCCGCCUCCUUCAUCGGCCUCGCUAGAUUCCGCUGUAGAAAGGGUAUUUACUUGGAAAAAAGAGCUUUAACCAAGCAGAGAUAGAUGGCCAUCAAACAUGUGUACAGAGCAAGUAUCUCAAAUGGCUCACAUCAGAAUAUGGACAAGCCUUGCCCUCAGGCUUGCAAGCUAAAAAGAACAAGAUGCACAAGGGAAGGCGAAUAGAGGGAAAAGGUAGACAAGAGAGAUCCAGUUUUACAACACCUGAAUAAAGUGAUAAUUCCCACCAGUAUGUUGGCACUGUCUGGCAUAGCUGUAAACGUGACUUGAUAUCUUGAUGACUGCAUCCAUGGCUGUUGGGUGAUCUGGUAAAUCAUGGAGCUGAAAGUAUGGGUGGAUGGAGUCCAGAGGAUUGUUUGUGGUGUCACAGAAGUUACGACUUGCCAGGAAGUUGUUAUAGCACUCGCUCAAGCUAUAGGUCGUACAGGAAGGUAUACCUUGAUAGAAAAAUGGAGAGAUACAGAGAGACACCUGGCACCUCAUGAAAAUCCUAUAAUUUCCUUGAACAAAUGGGGACAAUAUGCAAGUGAUGUACAGUUAGUAUUACGGCGUACAGGGCCAUCUCUCAGUGAGAGGCCAACCUCAGACAGUGUUGCUCGGAUACCAGAAAGAACUUUAUAUCGUCAAAGCUUACCUCCCCUGGCUAAGCUAAGGCCUCAGAAUGACAAACUGAUAAAAAGGAGGGAGCCAAAAAGAAAAUCGUUGACUUUCACAGGAGGGGCAAAAGGAUUAAUGGACAUUUUUGGCAAAGGCAAAGAGUCUGAGUUCAAGCAGAAAGUUCUCAACUGCAAGGCAACAGUUGAUGAGCUGAAGAAGCUGAUCCACCUCCAGACUGAGAAGCUGCAGUCCGUUGAGAAACAGCUGGAUUCAAAUGAUGCUGAAAUCAAGUACUGGGAGCACAGGUUCAAUUACAGCCUGGAAGAUGAAAUUGUCAAACUGGAGCAAAAGAUCAAAAGGAAUGAGGUAGAGAUUGAGGAAGAGGAAUUCUGGGAAAAUGAGCUCCAAAUUGAACAAGAAAAUGAGAAGCAACUAAAGGAGCAGGUUCAGGAGAUGAGGCACAGGAUUUUGGACUGUGAAAGCAAGCUGAAGGAAUACCUGGCCCAAAUCCAUGGCAUGGAAAGUAGCCUUGAGGCAGAAAAGUUGCACCGGGAGGUGCAGGAGUUAAAAGUUAACGAAGAAGAAGUCAAAGAGAAGAUUGAAAAAGUAAAGGGCGAAAUUGAUAUUCAGGGACAGCAAAGUCUCAGGCUGGAAAAUGGCAUUAAAGCUGUUGAAAGAUCUCUGGGCCAAGCCACCAAACGGUUACAGGACAGAGAGCAAGAACUAGAGCAGCUGACAAAAGAGCUACGGCAAGUCAAUCUCCAGCAAUUUAUCCAGCAAACGGGGACAAAGGUCACUGUGCUACCAGCAGAACCUACUGAACUGGAGGCUUCGCACACAGAGCUUGAGAGAGAAGCAACAUUUCAGACUGGAUCCCUGAAACGCCCUGGUUCAUCAAGACAGCUUCCUAGCAAUCUUCGGAUCCUGCAGAAUCCACUGUCCUCUGGUUUUAACCCAGAGGGCAUUUAUGUAUAACAUAUAUCCCUUCUGGAGAGGACCUGUGAAGGUACUGUGGACCAUAUACACUUCUCCUAUUGCAUCUGUUCACCCAGUGAUGUGUGGAAAGAGAGAAAACAAACUUCCUUUCACAAGCCACCAGGCAUUCUUAUGUGUGUUUUUUAAUCAGAUCUACAACAGACUUGGAAUCCUGCCCCAUGCACUGAUGACAAUGAAGAACAAAAAGGACUGUGGAGGCACACUUCAGCAAUGUUGCAGUCACUCCCAAACAGUUAUAGUGCAAAUAUCUAUCUUUUUUUUAUUGCUAUUUUUGAAGCAUUUAAAGAAGUAUUAUUCCUUAGUAGGCAUAAAUGGGUGACCAGAGUACAAGAAACUGUCUACAACUGCCUUUAGGGUUUAAUUUAUUCCAUUUAAUCAGUGGAUGUGUGAACGUUGCUAUAACAUGUAAAUCCCUCCCCCAACACACACACUUCUUGCCUAAGAGCAGGACUACAAGCCCAACCCUGGACUGCUUCCUUAAACAGCACCCCAUACUAAGUUCUCCCCAUCUCCAUUCAUUCAACUUGUUUUAAUGACAUGAUGUCACCAUGUUGUGCCAUCUACACGUUAUUGUGUACUUUCCUGCUCCUGCCAAUGUGAGUCCACAACCUGAAAUAAAUAAUCCUGCACAUUCAAGGUUAGAGGGGAGACAUCAACAUGGGUAUGCUAUUUUUAGUGACAGCUGCGUGCUGGGCAUAAUUUGUAAUUCCGCACUAAUAUUUCAUAUUAACAGUCUUGAAAGGGUGUGUGUGUAUAAGAGUAUGUGAGAGAGAAUUUGCACGUGCAUGAAUUUAAAGUGAGAACAGACAACUUCGUGGUUUAUCACUACAGUGAUUCACAAUUUCUUGCUCUGUUGCAGAUUAUGUUAUGUUGAAACCAUUGCAGGGUUUUUACAGUGGCUUAUCCAGUUAAAGGUCCACAGGACUUAAUAAGUAUUUGAGGAUCUUCUAGUUAGAUUUUAUUAUUCAAUUUAUAUUAGAGAUAUUUUGCCGCAAUAAAUAUGCUAAUCAAGGAACAAAACACUACGAGAUAUCCUCAGUCUUGCCAAAGGAGUUUAUCACUUUUUUGUGUAGCAUUUCCCCCCACUAUAGCAUUCUUGUUUUGUAGUAGGCUUUGCUCUUCCACUUAAAGACACAGUAACUCAGUACAAUGCUGAUCUGUGCUGCUUUUGACUCACUGAGCCAAACACAACCAAUCAGCCAUGUAUGGCAGCCUGCCAGAGGCUUAAAAACCCUCCUGUUUCUGCAGUACCAGACAGGGAGCAAAACCAGGAGCUUUAUCAAGCCAUGUGAUGGUCUCUGCCUAUACACAGCUGGUGAAUGUGUUCAGCUUUGGAGGCAAUCAAAUAGUCUAAAGGCUUGCUUACAGAAUGAAACAGUAUUCCAUUUUUUUUUAACUUCAGUAAAAGUGUGCAAAAUUUAUUUCUGAUCUAUGUGUUACAAUGCAAAGGUCUCUAAAGAAAUUGUCCCUUUUGAAAAUGAGACCUCAUUCAUUUAGAAAAUACUUUGUCACGAAAUACAACCUAAAACAAUAGAGUAGGUCAGGAGAAGAAAAUUGCAUGCUGAAGAGAAAUAGGAAUAAGUGCAUAAAAAUCUUUGUCCAUGACAAGUUUUGUUUGGGUAAUUGGAUCUCUGACUAUUUGAAUAAUGUGUAGAACUGCAAGAUCACAAUGAUUUAUAUGUAUUUUAAGAUACUACAAGCUAUAUGCUAGAAUCCAGGCCUCAUAUUUUUAGCUUGCCUGAACAACAGUUAAACAUCAGAUUCAUGGAGGGCUCUUUGACUUCAGUGGACUAAUAUAUGUGCAUUUGCUGGCAAAAUUCUAAGGUCCGCUCCUGCGAACAGUUUAGCGUUCAUCCCCUGUAAGUUCAGGAAUCAUUUUUAAGACAAAGGUCACUUGCUCCAACUACCCACAAUAUACUUUUUAGUGAUUAGUGUCCUGUAAGUCACUUGCUGGCUAUGGAAUAAGUUUGUUGUCUUCACAACUAUUCUAGUACAGUACACAAAUACAGCAUAUCCAAAUCCACUGAAUUUAGGAAAAUAGAUGAACAUCCUGAUAUAUUCCAUUAAGUGAGGGACUCUUGCCUCUUAAUUUGGUCUGUUUAUCUUUUUCAAUCUUGUGGCUGAUGAACUGUGCAUUCCUUACCUUAGUCAUAGAGGGGGGUUUUUAAAGAAAGGACUGGGGGAAGAAUCCUUCUUUCUGACUAGGGCCACAUUCAAACCAUACAUUUCCCACUAUUCUCCACUUUAAACAAUCAUGGCUUCCUCCAUAGAAUCCUGGGGACUGUAGUUUGUGAAAGAAGCUGAGAGUUGUUUCCCUCACAAAGCUACAGUUUCCAGAGUUCUCUGAGAGGAGGGACUGACUGCUAAACCACUUGGGGAAUUGUAGCUGUAUGAGGAGAAUAGGAAUCUCCUAACAGCUCUCAGUACCUUUCACAAGCUACCCAUCCCAGGAUUAUUUGGGGGAAGCCAUGAUGGUUUCAAGUGAAAUAAGUGUACGGUCUGGGCUCAUGGUAACCUAAAAGUAUCCAGACAAUAGAAUCUGUCUCACUGAAAUGAGGCUUUAGCAUACAAGUAAAUGCUUAAAUUUCAUUGGGAUUUAAAGAAACUAGUUUUUAUGGAUCAUGUCCAUAGGUAAGGGCCAACACAUACUACUCAGAUCUAUCAGUGCAGGAUUGAGUUCUUAGAUCAAGGAGUUUCCAAAAGUAUAUAGUACACAAAUACCUAUUUAUUCACCAAGUAGAAUACUGAGGGGUAUCUCUCUAAACUCCUUUAAAAAUAAAAAGAACAUAUAGAAUUCCUAACUGUUAAUUUUAUAUGCAGACAAACAUUUAAAUCACAUUUCCAUUAAAAUUUUAAGAAUGCUCCCCAUUCAUAGCUAUACUCUACAGAUGAACAGACAGGAUGCAGUUCAAACUGAAACAAAAUCUGCAAACCUCAUGGAAGCAUAUUACAUUUUCAUAGUUAUCACUAGAAACGUUAUUUUAAAUCCUUGAAAAUAUAAAAAGAUCUUUUCUAAAAAAAAGUCUAUGAAAAAGAUACUAUUCUUUUUCCCUGUCCACAAAUGAGACAGAAGGCGGCAUUAAUUCCCUACCGUUUUACUACUCAGAACGGCUAACUUGUGGUUCAUAUUUGGAGUGCUCAAGACAUUAACUUGGAAGGAGAAAAAUAGCCAAGCAUGAGACACACGAUCAGCUGAGAGGGCUGUGGCAGCCAAAUUUACUUGAGCAUGUAUGCCUUCGUGCAAAGUUCAAUACAAAGGCACACUUCAUUUUUGUAAAUUUGUCAAUAUUGUCAUAUGAUGUCUGCAUUAUGUAACAUUGCAGAGGCAGCACUACUUGAUGGGGGACUCCUUUGAAAAGGGAGUGAGUGCCAAGCCCUUAACCUGCAUGUGGGAAGCUUCUGUGUACCUCCGAUUGCACACCUGAGUUGUGCCAGCCAGUCCCUUUGCCACAACUGCACCCUCCUUUUGCCACUAGGUUGACAGUUGUGGGGCCAGGAGAACACUCCUCAGGAGCCCAGGGGUUCAUUACAAGGUGUUAAACUCAGUCCAACCGCCCCACCACCACCAAACCCAUUUUAAAAAAAUAGUACUGGUGCUUUUUAAAUUAAGCAAGGGGUUAGGAACUUAAUUUAACAGUUGAUGUAUCUGAUCUAAAUGUCAACGUAAGGGGCCUCCAGGCAGAAUUAUAUGACCGUAGUCACUAUUAUAUAUUUCCUUUAAAAAAUGUGCCCUCAAAUAGACAUUUGCUUAUGUGAACAGCAAGUUUUCAGAGAAGGCAAAAAUUGUAGUGGGGCUGUUGAUACUGUCAAUAUUAUGUAAGCCACCCACUUAGCAGGCUUGAAGGCUCCAUCAACUACUAUAGAACUGCAACAAAAAUACAAGAAUUGGUUGUUGCAUUCUCUGGGUUGUCUGUUACACAUUGAGGAGCACAAGUGAGCCUGAGGAUUAUACACCCUUCCCCACCUUGCAUAUAAUUUUUUAAAAUAAGAAUGGGUAGUUUUGUCAGUGUUGUCCAUCCACUUGUUUUCUUUUUUGCACUGGACAGAUUGUAUAAGCACUGGCAGGAACAUGCCUAGGCUCAUUCUCAUUAAAGAUAAUAGAAGCCAGCUAUGGGGUCAGAUGUGGUUGGACUCCAACUCCCAUCAGCCCCAGCCAUAGCCAGCAUGGCCAGCAGUCAGAAAUGGAGAUGUAGUCCAGCAGCAUCUGGAUGGCCACAGGUUCCUUACUCAUGAUAUAAGCAGUGGGAGAAGGAGUGCCAGCUGAGGCCUAUGUAAAUAAGCCCAGAGUUAAAGCUCCUUUUCAGCUUUAUAUUUUCAAAGCGAUGGUGACACUGCUACAAGGCACUCAUGUGUCUAAAUAAUAUAUGCAAAUAUGAUGCGAGAGAUUAUGGGUGAUAUCUAAUGUUAGUUAUACUUGGACCCAUUAAAAUGAAAUCAAUAGACUGAAGUUACUUAAGUCCAGUGAUUUCAAUGGAUCUGCUAUGAGUAUGACUAAUAUUGGGUACCACCCUACGUAUGUAGGAGACUUGUGUAAGGCAAAUGAUCACUGUUCAUAGAUCCACUGAUUGAGGUAGUUUGAUACCUUGUCCUUUGUAUUUGCAUGAAUUUUAAGAAUGGCAACUUUCAAAAGGACACUUGUGUCUCUAAUAUAUAAUAUGAGGUUUAGUUUGGUAAAAUUGUUGUAGCUUGCAACCACAAUAUUGCACAUUUAUGGGAUGGUUGAAAGAAUAAUCCUUUCUCAUUUUUUCCUCCAAACUCUCAAAAUUAUAUGAAUUCCCAAUGUGCUUUACUUUAUGUGAACUGGGCCUUAAUUAUCCAUGUAAAUAGCAAAACUGUAUUCAGAUUUAUUUUCCAUUAUUGAAUAGUUCUGUGCUGUAUUUUUUAUGUCAAAAGUGUUACUUUUUAUAUCCUAGCUUUUUUUUUAGACCAUUGAUUCAUGCACGUUUAUUCUAUUUGUUACAAUAUUUUAACGUUUUGUAUGAAGGCCGUCAACAAUAUGGAGAUGACAAAACAAACUAUUCUGUCAAUUUAUUUAUUCAGUAUUUUUGCUGCUUUACUUUCUGAAAUAAAGUUUUCAUUGCCAAUACACUU